AUGGGCGAAGUGGUGAUAGACAGACUCAUCGGCGAGGGCUCGUGCGGCUCCGUCUACCUCGGGAGCCACCAGGCGACGAAGAAGCUGGUGGCGGUGAAGGAGGUGCGCAAGGACGGCUCGACGCGGAGCGGGCGUCUGCUGCAGCGCCUGGACAAGGAGGCCAAGGUCAUGUCGUCGGUGCACCACAAGUACAUCUGCCAGUACUACGGCCGCGUGGAGUCGGACGAGGCCUCCUACCUGCUCAUGGAGUACGCCAAGGGCGGCGACCUGCUCGACUACAUCAACUCGCAGGGACCCAUGCCGGAGAAGAAGGCCCGCCGCAUCUUUAAGCAGCUCCUCCAGUCGCUCCAGUUCCUCCACCGCGCCGGCUACGUGCACCGCGACGUCAAGCCCGAAAACAUCUUCAUGACCGAGGGCCUCAAGAGCAUCAAGCUGGGCGACUUUGGCUUCGCCACCCGCUGGCGGCCGGACCACACCCUCGACGCCUGCGUGGGCACCUUUCCCUACACCGCGCCCGAGGUCCUCGACCAGCGACCCUACGUCGGCCCCGAGGUCGACGCCUUCUCCUGCGGCACCGUCCUGCUGGCCAUGCUCACCGCCCGCAUCCCCUUCGCCGCGCCCACCAAGAAGCAGUCCCUAGCACUCCUCCGCAAGGGCGAGUUCACGCUCCUGCCCGAGCACGGCUCGCCCCGCGCGGCCGACCUUCUCGCGCACCUGCUCCACCCGGACCCGCUCCAGCGCUACACGGUCGACGACGCCCUGAGGCACCCGUGGGUGCAGGGCUCGAGCCGCGCCGGCGCCCUGGCCAUCCGCCAGCUGCUGGCCUUCUCCUCGUCUUCGUCUUCGUCCGCUGCCGCGUCGCCCUCGUCGUCGCCCGCGCUCAAGCGACGACGGACCGACCUGGCGGUGCUGGAAACUGCCCAGAAGACUUGCGGCAAGGCCAAGAAGACGGCCGGCUCCAGCAUUCUCACCCGGUGA